AUGGAGUCGCAGGAAUACUCGGACGACGUUACCCCGCAUGCGCAGCCUGUCAACGCGCUGCAUACCAUGGCCGGAGGGCGAGAGGCGCACGGCGAAGAGACGUUCAUUGGUAUGUUGAGAAUGAUCAACAAGGCACGUGGAUAUGGAAUCGACACUCAGGCACUGUUCCAAGAAGAACAUGAAAAGAUGCUGCUUGAAGAAUACAUGAAGAAAGAGGAGCAGGAGGAGCGGACGCACGCCCCGUCACCAGUUGCUGCGGAUCCAUUGGCUGCUGCCGAUGCGACUUCAGCGCCUUCUAAGCAUGAUCCAGGCCCGUCACCUAUAGCCGCAGGGUGCGAUGCCGAACCUACCGCUGAGCCGAAGUCAGCCCCGUCACCACUCGCACCUGCCCGCGAGGGUGCUGUUGAAGCUACCAUGGGACCAGAUCUUGGGGAAAAAAGCGGAGGCAACCAGCCUGCACCCGUGGGCGCGCAUGCCAAUGCUACCCAAGCCACUGCGGAUAAUGGCGACGUGGGUGAGGUGUGCGGCCAUGCCCAGACGCCAAGGGAGAUGCAGCGUGGUGUGCUCCGCACCAUGGUGGAUGAAGGGACUGCCAUAGCUGGGGUCCACCUUGCUGCGAGGUUUAUCACGGUCAUAGACGUAUGCUUGGUGAUUCCCCAAAAUGUGCAAGAGCAGGCUGUAUGGUAG